UCAAUGAGUUCCAGAGCCUCUAUCGGGUGUGUUGUGACGAGUUGAGGACCUUGAAACUAAAUUCCUUCCGUGGAACAAUUCACUUAGCAUUUGCUCACGAGCUGCCAUAGAAGUGGCAUUGACAAGCAAGAUCUUAAGAAAAAUCGGACGGAGGAGGUCCUUCACAGUCUGUGUUGUGGUAUUCAAUUUCGGGAUCCUGGAUGAAAGCUGAUUUUGCCAUGUCUGACCGCCUUCGGUUGGUUGUGAUGGGUGAUGGGUACGUGGGCAAAUCUGCCUUGAUCAAACGCUUCCUGUUUGGCACAUUUCCGCACAAGUAUGUUCCAACCGUGGAGGAUCUCUUCAGCCAAGAUUAUGAGCUCGAUGGAACAUCGCUGAAGGUUGACAUUUUGGACACAGCGGGGGAUGCUCAAUUUCCUGCCAUGCGAAGGUUAUCCAUCUCGUCCGCACAUGCAUUCCUAUUGGUAUAUUCCCUCACGGACCCGACCUCCUUCGCCGGGGUUCGCCAAAGAUUCGAGGAGAUCAAAGAACAAAGAUCAGACUAUCAGGACAUUCCGAUCGUGGUGGUUGGAAACAAAACAGACCUCGUUCGAGAAGUGGACAGUCAAGAUGUGAUGGCCUGGAUGAAAUCGGAUCUGCCCAAACUCAGAACUGACUUCCUAGAAGCCUCGGCUUGCACCGAUGACAAUGGAAAAAUUCGACAGUUGUUCAAGACCUUCCUGAUCUUGGCCAAGAUCCAUUUUGGUCCUCGAUUGGGAAUGCAAGACGACGGCAACGUGGGCUUGAGGCGAAACCUCUCGGCUUACGGUCGCUUGAAAUCCCCCAUGAAGAGUUGCAAGAGCAUUACCGCAGCUCUAACCCCCAACUCCAACCACAGCAGCUCCUCAUCACUCUUCUCAUCUUCCAAUGGAAACGCCGGUUCCUCCUCCAGACCCAUGCUGAUCUCAAAAAAGGGGAGCACUGAGUCCAACGUGGGGAGCCCAUGCACACCCAAGACCGAGCGCAAGUUCCUUGGACUCAGUUUGAGUCCAUUUGGGAGUCCUUGUUCGCAACAAAUUCCGGCAGGCACCUUUCAAAACAGCUCACUUGAGGCCCUCGAGGAUCAGUUCCAACGCCAUUUGUCCGUGGGUGGUUCCAACACGAACGGAUCCAUCUCCGGUGGCGGGGAUUUCUUUGCACCCAAGAGUCGAAACUCGAAACGCAGCCGAAGUCUCAUCCGAAGAUCCAGCAAGAAAGUCAAACAACAAGUCAACAAUGUACACAAUCCCGAAGAUUGUGUGGUGUCCUAAGGCCCAUGUCAGCCAGCCAUCAAUCGUCACUUUGUUAUCAAGGGGACACGAGACUCUAUAUACGACAUACCGCCGUGUUCAUCAUACAUAUCUCGAGAAGUAAUAUCUUACUUACCAUACCAUAAUACAUAUAUUCUAUCUAUGCUCACUCGAGGGUACAUUUUGCCAAGGAAAUAAACGUUUAUGUUCAGCAAA